AGUGUCACUGGAAAGGGCAAAGCCUUCUGAAAUAGAAACAAAGUUGUUCAUCACAAAUCACUUUGUGCCUUACAUUUAGGUUCUGUAAGCUUCUGUAUCAUGCUGCCAUGAGGAAAAUAACUACCUGCACCUUUGUUGACAGCCCGGGAAGGACAAUUGACCUGUGAAGUGUUUCUCCCCUGAAGUGUGGAAUAGAACGGUGAAAUGGCAAUGGUACCUGUGCAGAAUGCGGAGGAUCUCAAUCAGCAGUGCAGGAAAAUGAGAGCAGAGGAGAGUGAUGAUAACAACAGAUGCAGCAGCAGCAGCACCAACCUACACCAGCCUCCCACUCAGAAAGGAUGUGGAAUGUUCACCUUUCUGUCAUCUGCCAUUGCUGCCAUCAGUGGACUCCUCAUGGGCUAUGAACUGGGACUCAUCUCUGGGGCUCUUCUUCACCUACGCAGUAUACUAGCACUUUCUUGCAAACAACAGGAAAUAGUCGUGAGUGCCCUCCUUUUUGGGGCCUUACUAGCAUCACUUACUGGUGGAUUCCUAAUAGACCGAUUUGGAAGGAGAAUUGCAAUUAUUAUAGCAUCUUGUUUACUUGUACUGGGAAGCCUGAUCUUGAUACUCAGUGCAUCAUAUGGAAUACUUAUUGUAGGACGGACAGCUAUUGGUAUUUCAAUAUCAUUAUCCUCCAUUGCAACAUGUGUAUAUAUUGCUGAGAUAGCCCCACAGCACAGAAGAGGCCUGCUUGUAUCAUUAAAUGAACUUAUGAUUGUGGUUGGCAUUCUUUCUGCCUACAUUUCAAAUUAUGUUUUCACCAAUAUUUCCCAUGGCUGGAAAUAUAUGUUUGGACUUGUGAUUCCAAUAGGAGCCUUGCAAGCAAUUGCCAUGUAUUUCCUUCCACCGAGUCCUCGGUUUCUUGUUAUGAAAGGUAAUGAUGAAGCUGCUAGCAAUGUACUAGGAAGGCUAAGGGCUACUUCAAAUACUGCUGAAGAACUCACUGUGAUCAAGUCUUCUUUGAAAGAUGAACAUCAAUACAAUUUCCUGGACCUGUUUCGUUCAAAAGACAACAUGAGAGCCCGAAUGCUAAUAGGCCUCACAUUAGUGUUUUUUGUGCAGACAACAGGGCAGCCUAACAUUUUAUUUUAUGCAUCCACUGUUUUGAAAUCAGUUGGGUUCCAGAGCAAUGAAGCAGCUAGCUUGGCUUCUACUGGAGUUGGAGUGGUUAAAGUGGUCAGCACAAUCCCAGCCAUUGUUUUUGUGGACCAAGUUGGAAGCAAAACUUUUCUGUGUAUUGGCUCUUCUAUUAUGGCGGUGUCUCUGAUCACCAUGGGAUUGGUGAAUCUUAACAUACACAUGAAUGCCACUAAUAUCUGUAGCAACCAGUCCCUGGAAGAUUCCAUUUUUCAUGGAGCAGAAAACAUGAGUGCCAGCAAUCAGAGUCUCAAAGAGCAGUUUGCUGGUGUGCCUUUCCAGGGCAGAACAUGGCUAACCACGCUGAGAAAAUUUGAAAUAGCUAAAACAGAGGAGCAGAACAGCACAGCUAUGGCAGGAGGAAGGGCCUCUGCAGCAAGCCAAACAGGAUCCCAUGUAGUAACAGACACUGUGGAAGUUCCAGCUGCUCUGAAGUGGCUGUCUUUGGCCAGCUUGCUUGUUUAUGUUGCUGCUUUUUCCAUAGGUCUUGGACCAAUGACCUGGCUAGUGCUGAGUGAAAUUUUCCCUGCUGGGAUCAGAGGACGGGCCAUAGCUUUAACCUCUAGCAUGAACUGGGGUAUAAAUCUCCUAAUAUCCUUGACAUUUUUGACUAUAACUGAUCUAAUUGGUCUGCCAUGGGUGUGUUUCAUUUAUACAAUAAUGAGUCUAGCAUCACUGGCUUUCAUCAUUGGGUUUAUACCAGAGACAAAGGGAUGCUCUUUAGAGCAAAUAUCCAUGGAGCUAGCUAAAAAGAGGUAUGCAAAGAGCUCAAUUUUUCGGAUUGGCCAACGUAGAGAGAAACUUGUGCCAAUAGAACUUCCCAAGAGAGAUCUUCAUGAGCAGUUUUACUAGACUUGAGAAGGUUAUUUAUCCAAGACAGCUUCUCAAGAGAACUAAUGCUCAAAAAUGUCCUGAAACACUGACACUACUACACAACACUUUGUAUCUUAUUAUGUACAAGAUAGUCUAUACUCCAUUCUUUACUAGCUUUGUAUUGCCACUGAAAGAAAAACAUUUAAAAUUUUUGUAGUUUAAAGUUUAUUAGAAUGAAUUAAAAUAGGUAAAGCCAACAUUCCUCAUCACCUCUACAUUAACCCACCUCUGAAAUAUGGAAGGUUACUGGGCAUUGAAAUAAAACAGUUACAAUAUUUAACACAGGGACAACCAUACUCCUAACUUCUUCAUGUGGGGACCCUCAGGGAGAUGGAAAGAAAUCAAUAGCUCCUCUAUCCUAGGAGUUAUCCUAAGACAGGAAGAAUCAGAGUUGACUUGAAGAUCACUUUGUGUCACAAUACAGUUCACAAUAGACUGGGAGCCUCUAAUAGAGAAAAGGAAGAAUCUGUGCAGUGCAGUUAUUGAUUAGCAGCUUUAUUAUUCCCAUCUGAUCAUGCUGUAGGUCUACAUGACUCUCUCAGCACUCUUGACCCAGCAAGCAGAAGGUCUUGUGUGAAACUUGGAUUGGAUUCCACUGUCUACUUCAGUUAUUCCAGAGUCCUGGUCAGGAACGUGAAAGUGAUCUUUCUUGGACAAUCAUCACUUGCCCUACACUAUGCACUAGCUAGUUCACAAUUGCUUUGCUGAGCAAUAAGCUUGAUUAACUUUUAAAACAGCAGCAAUAACAAUUAAAGCUAUGUUGUUGAACUUCUAGAUUAGGGAAUCUACGUGGCAGAUAAGUACUAAGGAGAAUGGGGAAAAAGAAACUCAGACACAAAUUACCAUUUUUCAGUGCUCUCUUACAUGCUGAGACACACAGAACUUGAAUCUAUAUUCAGUAUGACCAUAAUUAGCUCAUUGUGCUGCUUAGAAAUGUCAAGCUAUAACUGUCACCAAAUACAGCCUCUAAUACCUAACACAAGUAUACGGAGUGGCUAUGGUGGUCACAUUUCACAAAUCAAUUGGAGGAGCUUCCAUUCUCUUUGGGCAUGUCUACACAGCAGGGCUAAACCUGAAAUAAGCUAUGCAACUUGAGCUAUGUCAAUUGUGUAGCUUAAUUCAAAAUAGCUUAUUUCAGCUUUUGGUGCUUUCUACACAGCAAGAAGUCCAAGAAAGAGCA